UCAGACACAAAAGCGGUCCAUAAGACGCUCGUGCGCACGGCGGGGAGACGGGGCGUGUGCAGCGCGGUAGGUGAUUGUGAAAGUCUUGAGCGGGCCGAGGGUCGAUGCGUGACGGACCUGAAAGGCGUCACAGGAGAGAUUGACGCACACGUGGGCGUGGCGUCUGGCGUCCUCUGUGCUCUGUGUUGAUGCUUCUGUACCUCCAGGCAGUAGGUAGUGAAGCCGUCACUCGUGGUCUUCCACUUCCACUCUACAGGCAGACCAAGCACACACACAACCACACCUUUGCCACACGGACGUCUCCAGUAUAUGCAGGCCGCUGCUCACCGAGUCGUACGCCCUCGAAUGUCCCCCCCAUUUCCUCUGUCGUCGCCUCCCGUCGACGGAACCCCAGUCCAUCGCAGAGCUGCCCCACACUCUCCCUCGCCUUGACUUGCUGACGCAGCUCAUCCAUCAUGCGCCCGGCAUCCUCUAGCGCCCUCUCACUGUCACCCACACUGAGGGACGCCUUACUCCUAUGCGCCGAUGCUCCUUUCGCCUUGACGGGCAUCGUCAUCAACUGCCGCCAGAACUCGUCAGCGAGCUCCUUGGCCUCGAUCGAGCCGUGCGUGCCCUCCGAAAAGGCCUUGUGCGCCCCCAUGCCGUGCACCACCCAUGCCCUCCUCCCUUGAUCAUACGACACGCCCUCGGGGACGCUGCCGUGCGACGCAGGCGCCCGCUUGAAUGGUGAUAGCGUUGUGCGGCGGAUUGGCUUGGCCGCCUUCCUGCUGGUGCUGCUGCUGGUGGCGCGUGACGUGAGGGACUGCCGUCGGCUUCUGCUCUGUGUGGUGGGGCGAGUCGGGUCGUAGAAGAGUGGCACAGGGGGGAGGGAGUAGGACGAGGGUGAGAUGAGUGCUGGGGGGUUGGCGCCUGUAUGGUGGAUGGGGUUGCGGGAAACGGGGAGAGCUGAGAGAAGAUAAACCACACGUGAGAGCCAGUCGUGAGAGCCCCGUGGAUCUUGCCCUGUUCACCUUUGAUAGUAUUCUCCCAGGCCUCUUGUCUCUCGCGCACAAAUGCCUCGGCUUGUUCUUUGGCCGUGUCGCUCCCUCCUUCUUGGCUCACAGGGACCUCCAGCACCCUCAGAUACCCGCCACACCGCCACACAGCCCGCCAGCACUUCUUGUCUUCAUCAUACACCACGCCGGUCGUUUGAUGGCUACUCGCCGGCUCCGGCGUUUCGCCCUGCGUGGUGCGGAUCUCCUCGCAGAAGGCCAUGGCUUGCUUCUUGGCGCGUUCGGAGCCUCUGUGGCGGCUUCUGUGAGUACACACACACGCAUGUGUCGCUGCGUGUGUGCAUAUGGAGGUGUGAUGGUUGUGGCUGACCUGAAAUGUCGCGUGGUUAGUCGUCCGGCGCCGUCGAGAUGGAUGACGGCCCAGCCCACGUGGAUGGGGUCAGGGUUGAACUCGACGCGGGGCAGGUGGCCAGGCCGGCCGAGGUACCCACCUGACAUGACGAGUGCCUGCUUAGCUUAUUCUCAUCCAUCUUGUGCACCUGUCUGCUUGUUCCUGCCCGGUUGUUUUUGGUCGCUGUCAGAAUUGGUGUGAAUGGACUCGGCCUUCAUAUCCCUAUUGUCGUCACGCCCAUCCCUCGCCAACGGCAACGAACCAUCACCCACGGCACAUACACCUAAAGACGAAGGCAUUUCGACGUGUGAUUGAUCAUUGUUCAUACUUCCCAUCCCACUCACCUUGUCCCACGCCUUUGACCGUCUCGAGCCGCGGCGUGGCCAAGGCAGGUCGCUUCCGGGGCCGCUUUGGCGACGCCUUGCCGGUGUGCCCAUCGUCUUUGUGUAAGCUCUGGUCGGUUGGCCUGAGCCGGGCGUCGCUGGGGUCGCCUCCCUCUACCAUUGAGUCGGUGCUGUCAGGCGAUUUUGAUAAAGGUGCAACCUCAUCAGUCCGUCAAACCAGCUGACGCAGAUCACACGCGAAAACAGUGGAUAUCACAGGAAUAUGCGGGUGCAUCUCUUUCCUUCUUACUCACCUCACCUGCAUGUGGUGCGCGACUUCUGCGUGGCAGCAAGGCAGCAGAGGACGGUGACAAAAGGAGCGAAUUGAGGUGCGGCACCGAUGAGAGAUCUGAAUCAGCU